AUGAGCAGCACACCCCUCCAGGAGCCACUUGCCCAGGGAUUGUCCUCGGGCAGUGAGCAGACAUUACCCUCCCAACUGUUACAGCCCAUCCCUGAUCCCUCAGCUUCUAAAAGAGUAUGUUUCUACAAAAGCGGUGACAGUAAAUUCAGUGGGCAUCGCAUGGUCAUCAAUGCCCGCACCUUCAAGACAUUUGAUGCUCUACUAGACGCGCUGUCUAAAAAAGUGCCUCUGCCAUUUGGAGUGAGAACCAUCACCACACCUCGUGGGACCCACCUUGUUAAGGGUUUAGAUGACUUACAAGAUGGGGGAUCAUAUGUGUGUUCUGAUCAGAAACGGGUUAAGCCGCUAAACUUGGAUGAAGUGAACCGGCGGCAGGUACCAUGGAAUACCACCAGGCCCCCCAGCGCAGGGCGACGAAGGCGCAAAGUAUUCCAGUUUGGGAGAAGGAAUGAAGUUAUCAACAAGCAAGCAAAGAUCAGUGAGAGGGGGGCAGUAAGGACACCAAAAAGACUUUUGGUCAUCAAGAAUAGGGAUCCCACUGUUAAACGCACAAUUGUGUUGCAGAGAAGAACAGCACCAACAUUUGAAGCUUUGCUGGAUUACCUCUCACAGAUCUUGCAGUUUCCAGUACUGAAACUCUACUCUACAGAUGGCAUAAGAGUUGGUGGCCUUAGUGCACUUAUCUUGUGCUCUGGAGUCAUCGUGGCAGCAGGCAACGAGCCAUUCAGAUUAACCAACUACACUUUUCACAGCAUGGGCCAGAUGGCACAGGCAAUGUACAUAGAUACUGUGGAGCCAUCUAUGUUGGAGCCUCAAGCUCAGAACAACAAAUCCCUCUCAAGUGGAAGAGGCUCAAGAAACUUCUCCUUAUCAUCAGAGCAAUAUAUCAUCAAUCAGAUAAACAACUCUCGAAAUGGAAGCACGAAUAGCCAUCAGCAUCACCACCACGGAUCAGCUGAAACAGAGGUGAACCAGCAUUGCACAUCCGUGGAGAGCUGUGGAGAUGCUAUGGUAGAUAAUGAGGUUCAUACUUGCAUAGUACCUCAGGAUGAUGACAUUGAAAAGUCUUUUCGUGUGAAUCAAGAUGGCAGCAUGACUGUCGAGAUGAAAGUCCGUCUGACCAUCAAGGAGGAGGAGAUGCUCCACUGGACAACCACACUCAGCCGCUCCAGCCUUAGUAAGACGACAGUUUAUGCCUCAAUUUCUGAGUCAGGCAACAGCUCACCUGACUUAAACAACGCUGUUGCCAAUGACUCCUCUAGCAUCAGUGAAGAUGAAGCUAAAGAAGAGAACCAUCCCGCUGUAAGUGGAGAGGGCGUCAGCUUUAAAGAUGAACAAGUAUAUGAGGGCUACCCUUCCACAGCCUUGGGGAGAGCAAAAGCAAGUUUCAAGCGUGUACCUACGCCAGGUCCACGACAUAUUAAGAAGAAUGCAUCUAUUGAGAGUGUGAAAAGGGUGACACCCUCAGGUGUCCAAGAGAGCACCCUGGGCCAUUAUUCCUACAUGGAGAGGACAGCUGAUGGAGAGGCAACUGAGGGAUACUGUGUGGUUAGACACAGCAGCAGCAGCAGCAGUCGGCCAGUCCCAAAGCCUCGGAAAACAGCGUCUGCUGGGGUGAGCAAAAAAAGAUCCCACUCCUCAAUCAGAUCAUCGGGAGUAGCUGAGGUCCUUCAGAUAGAAAAUAAUGGGAUGGAGGUUAGAGAGACUGUGAUGCACAUUCAUGAGAGUCAAAGCUGCUACAGCAACUACCUUGCAAAUGAGGAAUAUAGCGCAGAUGGUGCAUCUUUGCCUGGUCCCUCUUCAGCACCAGUAAGCAAACAGUCCAUUGACUCAAGGCCUCAUUCAUCAAGCAAUGAUUGUGAUAUCGAUUUUAGCUGCCAGCCACCCACUGGUGACUCACUACAAAGACAGAGAGAGGAGAUGUUAUCAUUGUCAUCAGAGCCAAUACAGGAGAUUCCAAACAAUCUAUCUUCAGUAGCUGAGAAUGAAAGCCAAACUGCAUCAAACUCUCAAACUACAGGUGAGAAGAAAAAGGUGAUAAAACCGUCAACGAAGCAGAGGGUUUCACCUUCAACUAGUAGCUCAGGUAAAAAGCAGAAGGAAAGCAUAGUAGGCUCCUCAAAGAACAGCAAACAUUCAUCCACUGACAAGAUCAGCAGCAAUGCCAGUAUGGGAAAAAAGAGUUUGAGUUCAUCAGAAAGUGUUAAAAGUGGUCAAAAGAGUAAAGCAACAGAAAAGCAUGAACUGAAAAAAUCAAUUAAGGAUGAAAAGACACCCAGAAAGGAGUCAGCUUUAUCACUUAGCUCUGAAAAUAUAAAAAAGACCCCACCCAAGAAACAAAACAUAAAUAAUGCAGCUGCUAAGGAUAAUGCCCAUAAUGUAAAUAAUCCAAUUGGGAGACCUCAAAUGAAAAAGAACCUAUCAGACAUUUUGCAACCCAAAAAAUCACUUUUACCAGGAAAAAAGCAGAUAAGCAAGCCCAAAUCUAUGAUUGAAAACCGGCUACUAUCAACCAAAAAAUCUUUAGAGUUGAGCGAGAGUGUUUCUAUGCCUUCUCUCAAUCCGUCACCCUCUGACAUUCACCAAUAUGUUGAGAACUGGUUAGAGAAAGUCAGCUCAGACCCAGUGCCAUAUAUGGAGGAGGAGGCAGACGCAUCUUUGCCUCAGCCAAAGGUCGUGUUUAAGAUAGGUGGCGAUUCUGAAUCAGAGGAAAAGAGUGAUUGCCAGAAUAAUCCUGAAGAAUAUUAUCCAUCGCUUGGUGAUGCUGUCAAGAAAUCUACUUCUUGUCUAUCAGUUCCUCUUAGCCAUGAAUGUCCAGCGACGACUCCGCAAAACAAUGAUCAGAAAGCGAGAGGUUUAUGUGUUUCAAUGCCAAGUGUCCGAGUCGAACCUGCACUACACGAAAACAGACUGAGGUCACACAAAUCUGCAGAGAACAUCAGCCCAGUUGACAGUGAAUCACCCUCAUCUUCAUCCAACAUUUUAAGUCCCAAAGCAAGAAUAAAGCCUGUUCUGCGGCAAAUUUGUUCAUCCAUUCAGUGCAUCAGAACAAUGCCUGACACCAGCAAGACAUCGAAUCUUGAGAAGUCCAACAGUCUUCCUGAUUUCUCAACACAAGUGGCUUCAGUGUUUGGUUCAUCGUGCAAAGCUUUCCUGUCAUUCUUGUCAGUGAUGACGCUGAGGGAUAACCUAACAGGCUCUGCGCCUAGUGACGAAUCGAAAAGCGACUCUGAGGCUAUGUUGAUGUUGGAGUCCCUGCAGAAAAUUUCCACCAUUGACGACCAGGAAGAACUGAGGGCGAGUCUGACAGACUUGGAAAGCAGAGCGUCGUCUCAGCUCAGAGACCGCUGGAAGGAUUUCCAGAUUCUAAGGGAAAGGCUAGAAAGUGAGCCUCUUUCUCCGAAAUUUUCAGAAACAGAGUUUGCCUUGGAUGUUGUGUCCGAAGUGGGUGACGCAUUUGAGGAUCAGCACAUGGGUAUUGAUGAGCUUAUGGAUGAGCUGAAUAUGCCGCAAGACGUCAGAGCAGAGAUUUCUUCAACAAUCCAACAAGUUAGAAGUUUUUACCCAUUAGAGGAGAGCACUUUUCUAGAAACUGAAAGACACCACUCGGACACAGAUGAAGAGGUGGAACAAUUUGUUGAAGAAUGCAAAGAAUCGCCAGAUCCUGAAAGUACUUGCAUGGCUGAGAACAUAACUGAGGGAAAACUGGGCAAUGAGGAAGACCCCUCACACACUGGAGAGACAUAUUACUUAAACGAAAUGCAAAACAUAUCUGAUGAACAGGCAAAGAUAAUGAAUGAGUCAGAGCAAGAACUCAAUCAAAGUAAAGAAACAAACCUUGACGUAAAAGAAUCAGAUGUAUCACAGCCAGAGACAAACGAGCCCUUAAAAGAGAAGGAAAAUGAGAUGGAAGUAAAGGAAGAGGAGGACCAAAUUGAGGAGGAAGUAGAGGAGGAUAUGGAGGUGAAAUACUUGAAAGAGAUAGAUAAUAAUGAUGGUGGUGGAGAGACUGAAAAUGAAGACAGAGAAAGGGAGGAAGAAGCAGAAGAGGAGGCACUGAGGGAAGAUGAUAAAGGAGAGGAAGAAUGGGAGGCAGACAAGGGAAGUGGAGAGGAAUCUGUUGUGAAAGAAGAGGAAGGGACAGAGGAAGAAAUGACAGUGGAUGGUGAAGAGGAGAAGGAGAAAUUAGAAAAAGUAGAGGAGGAAGAAGUGGUUGAAGAGGCAGAAGAUGGAUUCAUGGAUGAUGAGGGUGAGGAAGAAAGAGGGUACAAUAGUGUUGCAGAGACAGAUGAGAGAGAUGGUGCUGAGGAGACAGAUGAGGGAGAGGAGGCAGAACAUAUCAUUAAAGAGGAAGAGGAAGAGGGGGAGAAAGCAGAGGAAGAAGCUGAAGAGAUUAUUGAGGACAAGGAUGAAGAAGUAGAAAACAUUAUUGAAGGGGUGGAGGAGGAGGAAGAGGAGGAAGAUGCAGAAGAAGAAGCUGAGAAGGUUACCCAGGAGAGGGAUGAAGAAGUAGAAAAUAUUGAAGGAGUAGAGAAUGAGGGGGAGGAAGAGGAGGAAGAGGAUGAAGGUAAAGAAGAAGAAGCUGAGGAGGUUAUUGAGGAGUGGAAUGAAGAAGUAGAAAAUAUUAUUGAAGGGGUGGAAGAGGAGGAAGAGGAGAAAGAUGUAGAUGAAGAAGCUGAGAAGGUUACCCAGGAGAGUGAUGAAGAAGUACAAAAUACUAUUGAAGGAGCACAGGAAGAGGAAGAUGAUGAAGGUAAAGAAGAAGAAGAAGCUGGGGACGUUGUUGAGGAGAGGGAUGAUGAAGAUGUAGAGGAAGAGGCUGAGGAGGUUACUCAGGAGAGGGAUGAAGAAGGAGAAAAUAUUGAAGAGGAAGAGGAAGAGGAGGAGGAUGUAGAGGAAGAGGCUGAGGAGGUUACUCAGGAGAGGGAUGACGAAGGAGAAAAUAUUGAAGAGGAAGAGGAGGAGGAUGUAGAGGAAGAGGCUGAGGAGGUUAAUCAGGAGAGGGAAGAAGAAGUAGAAAAUAUUGAAGCGGUGGAGGAGGACCAAGAGGAAGAGGAGGGGGGUAAAGAAGAAGAAGAGGCUGAGGAGGUUACAGAGGACAGGCAUGAAGAAGUAGAAAAUAUUGAGAGGGUGGAGGAGGAUGAAGAGGAGGAGGAGGAUGAAGAGGUGGAGGAGGAGGGUAAAGAAGAAGAAGCUGAGGACAUUAUUGAGGAGAGGGAAGAGGACGUAAAAAAUAUUGAUGAACUUGAGGAGGAGGAGGAGGAGGAGGAGGAGGAGGAGGAGGAGGAGGCGGAGGCGGAGGAGGAGGCGGAGGCGGAGGAGGAGGAGGAGAAUGUAGAGGCAGAGGCUGAGGAGGUUAUUGAGGAGAGGCAUGAGCUGGAAGAAGAAUCAAUAGAAGAGAAAGAAAUCGUAGAGGAAAUGGAGAUUGUAGAAGAUACGGAAUUAGAUCAGACAUUAGCUGAAGAGGAGAGGGAAGACGAUGAAGGACAUGAAAGUAAUAAGUUAAGUGAGGGAUGUGAUGAAGAAUCUAAUGAAGAGGCAGAAGAAGAAAAUGUUAGGGAUAAUGAAGGCAGCAGUGGUGAUGGUACAGUUAGUAAAAGUCUACUAGAGGAGGCCUCGUAUUUGAGGCAGCACAGCAGUAGUUGUGAGAAAGAUGAAGCAAACUAUGAAGCAAAUACAGAUAUAAAGGAAACAGAACAUAGUGCUGAAUCACCAACCACAUAUUCCACUGAGGGUCAGUGUGAGGAUGACAAAGGUACUAACGGAACAGACACGAUUAAUGAUGUCGAAACAGACGAGGGAGGGGAUUGUAAUGAGGAAAGUGGCAGUCUACCCCACCCAGUACAGAUAUCACAGGAACUACUUGACUUUGUUAACUCUGCCCUACAGUCUUCUUCACUCAUAUUCAUCUAUGAUGAUCGAGGUAACAUCAGGAUAGAGCCGGAUAAUGCUCGCGUUGUGCAAAUGAACCAAGCUUUAAUCUCCGAAAGCAGAAAGGAUACCUCGUAUGGCUUAAAAUGUCUACCGAGUCCGAGCACCUCAGAUUUAUCCGACUACAGACCAGAAACGUCAGAGAGUGGUGGAUACAAAACUCAGGAGUCUAUAGACAUUGUUUCAGAGAGUGGAGACGAGGCUUCAGAGAGGCCUCCUCCAGUCUACAGACAUUCAACACAAAGGACUGAGAGAGCAAAUGUGGAGUGGGCUGACUCUUCCAAGUCCAAACUGUCUGUGGCAAGUAAUUCAGAAGUCUCGCACAGUUCACGAUUAAAAAGUGGAGGGAGUUUCUCUUCUCAUGAUUCAAGCAUGAAAGCCUCAAGAGAGGAUUUGUCUUAUUUCAGUGCUGCAAGCUCAUUAAAGGCAGAGGCUGAAGCUGCUACAGAGGCCACACAGUGCAUUUCUUUUGGCUCAGACAAAGACUUAAACGAUGGGGUCUUGAUUGACAAAGGUAGAUGGCUGCUCAAGGAGAACCACCUCAUUAGAAAAUCUCCUCCAAUCUCACUGGGAAUGUAUGGUAAUGUGGACACUACAUCCAUUGACACAGGCCAGGAGAACACUAGUGAGGAUUCCCCGCCUCAUUAUAAAACCCAGAACAACCCCCUCGCAGCCAUAUCCUCAUCAGAGCUUGAGGAAAUGGCUAAGCCUCAAACUCCAAAGUGCACCUACUACAACAUGCCACACGGAAGCGAUUCUGACCCCUUUCUGGAUGAUGUCAGUGUUAAAAGUGGAAAAAAAGAUUCAAGCAGUAUGAAAGGGAGAUGUGUCAGGGUAUCACCUACCAUUGACACAUCCAAAACUUGGGCAAAUAAAAAUGGCAGUCUCUCUUCAUUUGCCUCAGUUGAGUUUAAACUAUCGGACAGAAAAGUGCAUCCUGAGGGGGAAUCCUCAGCUGUGACACAGGCAAGAGGGACAUCUAGUGCAGGAAGGCGUGUACUGCAAGCACAAGACUCCCUGGAAACAUUGCAUGUGAGAUGUACCCAAUAUUGUCCAAUUCUAUGA